UAAUGCUCAAUAAUAAGAAUAUGCCUUUAAACAGGUGGGAGUAACAUCUCAGAAGACUAUGAAGCUUCUUCCUGCCUCAGGACGUAAGGCAACACAGAAGGUUGUUGUUGGAGAUCAGGAUGGGGUGAUUACAUGUUUUGGCAUAAAAAAGGGGGAAGCUGUGCCAGUGUUCAAAACACUACCAGGCCAAAAAAUUGCAAGAUUGGAGUUAGGAGGAGCUCUUAAUACACCGCAAGAGAAAAUUUUCGUGGCUACAGGCUCAGAAGUCAGAGGUUUCACAAAAAGAGGGAAGCAGUUCCUUUCAUUCGAGACUAAUCUCACUGAAAGCAUCAGAGCUAUGCAUAUUUCAGGAGCAGAUCUCUUUCUUUGUGCAAGCUAUAUUUACAACCAUUACUGUGACUGCAAAGACCAGCACUACUACCUAUCAGGAGAUAAAAUCAAUGAUGUUCUCUGCCUUCCUGUAGAGAAAGUGAAUUGCAUUACACCUAUACUUGCAUGUCAGGAUAGAGUCCUCAGAGUUUUACAGGGAUCUGAUUUACUGUAUGAAGUAGAAGUUUCUGGACCACCCACUGUUCUUGCUCUAAACAAUGGAAAUGGUGGGGAUUCCGGAGAAGAAAUUGUGUUUGGAACUUCUGAUGGUAAAGUGGGUCUGAUCCAGAUUACUGGUUCCAAUCCUGUACAUAAGUGGGAAAUUGGAAAUGAAAAAAAGAGAGGAGGUAUCUUAUGUAUCGAUAGUUUUGACAUUUUGGGAGAUGGAGUUAAAGAAUUACUCAUUGGACGAGAUGAUGGUGUGCUAGAAGUCUAUAACUUUGAGAGCGCAGAUGAUCCUGUCCUUCGAUACGAUCAUGCUUUAUUAGAGAGCAUUGCAUCAAUCCAAGGUGGCUGUGUAGGAAAAGAUGGAUAUGAUGAAAUUCUAGCAGCCACGUAUUCAGGGUGGCUGACGGGACUGACUACAGAACCUAUCCAUAGAGAAGGUGGAUCUGGUGAAGAGUUAAAAUUAAGUCAAGAGAUGCAAAGCAAGAUUUCAUCCUUAAGGAAUGAACUGGAACACUUACAGAUGAAAGUACUUCAGGAACGUGAAAAAUACCAGCAGUCUUCUCAGUCCAGUACUGCUGUUUCAUCAGUACCUGCAUUUAGUGUGAAUGACAAGUUUACAUUAAAUAAGGAUGAUGCUAGCUAUAGCCUCAUCUUGGAGGUGCAGACGGCUAUAGAUAAUGUCCUGGUGCAGAGUGAUGUCCCAAUAGACUUGCUGGAUGUAGAUAAAAAUUCUGCUGUUGUUAGUUUUAGCAGCUGUGAUUCUGAGCCAAAUAGCAACUUUCUUCUUGCAACUUACCGAUGCCAAGCAAACACUACGAGACUUGAACUUAAGAUUCGAUCAAUUGAAGGACAAUAUGGGACACUUCAAGCAUAUGUAACCCCAAGAAUUCAACCGAAAACCUGCCAAGUUCGUCAAUAUCAGAUUAAACCACUUUCACUUCAUCAGAGAACUCAUUCUAUUGACCAUGACCGACCCAUGAAUACACUGAUGCUCAAAGGCCAGUUCAGUUUUGCUGAAAUUCAUUCCUGGGUGGUGUUUUGCUUGCCUGAAGUCCCUGAAAAGACUCCAGCUGGAGAGACUAUCACCUUUUAUUUUCAGAACACCUUUCUGGGUACACAGCUUGAAAGUACUUACAGAAAAGGUGAGGGAUUUUUUAAGUCUGACAACAUUUCUACCAUAUCCAUCUUAAAAGAUGUGCUUUCCAAAGAGGCUACUAAAAGGAAGAUUAAUCUUAAUAUAUCAUAUGACAUAAAUGAAGAAUCUGUGAGGUAUACAUUAAAGCUCAUCCACCCCAAAUUAGAGUAUCAGCAGCUGUUGGCCAAGAAGGUUCACUUAAUAGAUGCUUUGAAAGAAUUACAGGUUCAUGAAGGAAAUGUGGACUUCCUGCUACCUAAGUACCGUAGCAUUUUAGAAGAGGCAGAUCAGCUGCUUGAGGAAUACAAGAAACAACCUGCACAUCUCGAGAGACUUUAUGGUAUGAUCACAGAUCUCUUCAUAGAUAAAUUUAAAUUUAAAGGCACCAAUGUGAAAACGAAAGUUCCUCUUCUUCUGGAAAUUCUGGAUGGCUGUGAUCAAGAUGGACUAAUUGCUUUUUUUGAGGCUGCAGCCUGAAUUGGAAGCAACAAGGAAAAGGCGGAGUGAUUUAUUUUUUUUAUUUUUAUUUUUUCAACCAAGGCAGUCCACUAUGGAGUCGAAUACAUUAUUUUUUGAGAAAUGUUUUUAUUAUUCCUUUUACGCUUUCAUUUUAUUCUUACUUAUUACCAUAUUGAAUACUGGUCCAUUUUAGUUCAUAUAAACUGUUGUACGUGUUAAAUGCACACGUCAUUUAUAUAUACACAAAAUGUUCUUCAUAGCUAAGGAAAACUAGAGAACCAGAUACUGAAUAGCCUUUUUGCAGGAGUACGUUUUCAGUAUUGUUAGAGACUAUAAAUAGGAAUAUUCUCCAUUUGGAAGAAUGUAUGAGGAAAUUUGUUUUCAUGGACUUAGGACAUUUAGGAGAAAAUCAGCUGUUUGAUGUGUAGCUAUGUUAUUUGUUAGCGGUACUGAGCAAGUGCUUCAAUGCUAUCAGCUCAUUGUAUGUAACUGACACACAUGAAAGUGGGGAGAAUUAUCUCUGAAUUUUAGAUUUACACGAUUACUUUAAAAACUACAUGUGAACUCUUGUUUAGAAUGGAUUGCAUUAAAUUUCCUCCAUGCGUCUCA